CUCCUGGGGGUCUGCCUAGUUUUGGGGAGGGACAAAAUGCGAGGGAACAGGAGGACCCAACAGAAAAUAGUCCACAUGGAGAGGGCAUUUGGAAUAGUUGAAUGAAUGACAUAUGGGCAAGUUUGAAAGUUGACAGAGGAAUUGAGCAAUGCGUGUUUUGAAAGUUAUUCUUUUAAAAUAUUGAUUUAGUUGGUUUUAGGGUAACGUAUCAUGAUGUAACGUGGCUAGCCAGCUACAGUAGUUGAAGACUUUGAACAGAACACGAUACAGUGGGACAGUGAGCGCUUUAGCUCGCAACACCUCAGUGAACUGCCAGCUUUGCUUAGACUAGCAAGAACACUUCUCGUUCAGUUUAUCUUUACUCUUCUUUACGCUGUCGUCGAAUUUGUCUUACAUUUCACAGAUAAGCUUGUUGCUAACGGUUUGAUUCCUGUCAAGUUUAACUUGUGGUUGUUGGACAUGGUUGUCAAUAACAGCUAGCUAGCUAAAGUUAGUCAGCCAUCAUUAAUUUGUAUUUUUCAACGUUGGACGGACUGAAUGUUCACCUUUGGGAUACUUAACGUUACUGUCAGUAAACAGCAACAAGACAAUAUCAACGUUGUAUUUUAAACACGAGACAACAUGCAAAAGUUCAACUCGACACACACUAGUACUCUUCCUCGGGACGCUGAGCUUCAGCAGCGUUUAGCCGACAACGGGGGAGCCGGGGAGGCGAUGAAGGAAAACGGAUCUGGGAAGAAUCACAUCCUUGCAGAACCUGCAGACAAUUCAUUCUGUACCAAGAGAAAGAUGCUGGUCGGCUUGGAUGUUUUCUGUCUGUUUGUAGCCUCUAUCCCGUUCUUUGCGUGUGAGUUGAAGGCGGUGACUCCGUACCGGAGGGGUUUCUUCUGUGGGGACCAGAGCAUCACCUACCCCUACCUGGAGAGAGAGGCCAUCCCUGACGCACUGCUCAUCGCUGGGGGCAUCGUCAUCACUGGCCUCACGAUUGCGCUGGGCGAGUGUUACCGGGUUCGAUUUUGUGAGGUGCAAUCACGGGCCUUCGUGCGCAACCUCUACGUGUCCUGCCUCUAUAAGGAGCUGGGAAGCUUCCUGUUCGGCUGCUGCGUGGGCCAAUCAUUGACCAACAUGGCCAAGCUGAGUGUGGGGCGCCUGCGACCUAACUUCCUGUCGGUGUGCAACGUGACAUACGCCUCGCUCAACUGCGUCCCCGGCUCCUACGUGGCCCAGGUCACCUGCAGGCAGUCCAAACACAAGAUGGUGGAGGAGGCCAGGAAGUCGUUUUUCUCUGGCCAUUCCUCCUUUGCCAUGUACACCAUGCUCUACCUGGCGUUCUACCUGCAGGCGCGGUUGUCAUGGCGAGGGGCUCGUCUGCUGCGCCCGCUGCUACAGUUCCUGCUGGUGAUGAUAGCCGUGUACACCGGGCUGAGCCGCAUCUCUGACUACCGCCACCACCCCACCGACGUGAUCACCGGCUUCAUCCAGGGAGGCCUCACCGCCUACUGGGUGGCCUUCUAUAUUUCCUCCAUGUUUAAGAACAACCGUCCAGACCUGUCUCCCACCAGCAUGUCUCUGGAGAGCCCCCUGUCCAGCCAACAGACCGUCUGCUAGCACCACCUGCCCCAACACACCCCUCCUCACCUACCUGGACGGAUGGGAGAAAAGACAGAACGAGAGAGAGAGGGAGAGACAGUCAGAUAGCAGAGGUGAGCAGCACAUAGAGGGACAGGGAGGGAGACAAGGUGUGUGAAAAGGAAGGGGGAUGAGAUAAGAGGUAGAGCAGGUAAAAAGUGUUCUAGCAAGUACCCACAUGCUCUGAUGAAUACGUCAAGAACGCACGCACACGUAGUGCCACCUCUCUCUCUCUCACUAACACACACUACCAUCUAACACACACACACACACACCAAAUCACUGUAGAGUACAACCCGUCCACAUGGAGAUACGCAUAGUAAUUUUACAGAUAUUUUGUAUAUGAAAAACGACAAAUGUUUCUAUUUUUCAAAUGAGAGUCGUAGAUGAAGCUGCUAAUGAUAAUGAUUUUUUUCCUGUUCUAAGUAGAAUAUGUUUUAUAUGUGAUGGUGGUUAGUGGGCAGUGCAUUAGGUUAGCUCUCACAAACACACGGUCAGUCAGUGUCUCUAAAUGAUCUUCAUUGGUCAUUUGACCAGCCUGGAUGAUGACAUCAUCAGCUGGACUCCACUUCUUCAGCUUGACGUCCCCUGACUCUAAUUCUGUGGAUGUCUCAUUGACGUCCCCUGACUCUAAUUCUGUGGAUGUCUCAUUGACGUCCCCUGACUCUAAUUCUGUGGAUGUCUCAUUGACGUCCCGUGACUCUAAUUCUGUGGAUGUCUCAUUGACGUCCCCUGACUCUAAUUCUGCGGAUGUCUCAUUGACGUCCCCUGACUCUAAUUCUGCGGAUGUCUCAUUGACGUCCCCUGACUCUAAUUCUGUGGAUGUCUCAUUGACGUCCCCUGACUCUAAUUCUGCGGAUGUCUCAUUGACGUCCCCUGACUCUAAUUCUGCGGAUGUCUCAUUGACGUCCCCUGACUCUAAUUCUGCGGAUGUCUCAUUGACGCCCCCUGACUCUAAUUCUGUGGAUGUCUCAUUGACGUCCCCUGACUCUAAUUCUGUGGAUGUCUCAUUGACGUCCCCUGACCCCUGACUCUAAUUCUGUGGAUGUCUCAUUGACGUCCCCUGACUCUAAUUCUGUGGAUGUCUCAUUGACGUCCCCUGACCCCUGACUCUAAUUCUGUGGAUGUCUCAUUGACGUCCCCUGACUCUAAUUCUGUGGAUGUCUCUCAUCCUUCACCCUCUAACUACACAGCAACUAAUAGAGGAUGGACAAAGACAAAAGAGAACACUUUGUAUUAAACCAAGUAUCUUAACUUCAGUUACCCAGGAGUGAUAGGGUGGAAAUCUGCUUUGCCCAGGUUACGUCCCCUCCCCUUCACUCCCACACUUUUCCAUGUCUGUACUCUGUACUAACCACUUAUUACUCUGUCUCAGAGGCGGAGCUAUGACUGAACCCUGUAACCUUUGACCUAUUACCCUGACCUCUGAGCUGCACCUUGAGUUAUGCCACUCUCACAGGGGAGCCAAAAUGGCUGCCUCGUGUUGCCUAUGGCAGAGGUCCCCUGUAUAUUCCUAUUAAUAGCACUUGAACUACAUAAUGGAACCUACUCUGAUAGUAUAAUUGAUAUUAUAUAUAUUUUAUCAAGUUUGAAUAAUCAGUGUUUUAUUUCUCUUAAUAUGUCACUCUCAUACAAUAUAUGUUUUAGUUUUUUUCCAAAUGAUAAUUAUUCAAAUUGAAUGUAAAUAGAUAUGUCUUUUUUAUAAACCACACAGAAUUUCAAAAGUAUUAUUAGUGCCAUUUUUGGACAGUUUUUUUCACAUUUAUGUGUUAUGUGUCUGUGUUGUUGAUCAGGUACACAGAGUUGUUGUUAUUGUCAUAACGACUAGACUGAGCCAGAGCUAUUAUCAGAAAGCUAUUUCUUGUUUCCAGUUUUUAUUUUUCUCUGUGAAUGCCAGAAUGGCUGAAAAUAACCACUGUACUCAAAAAACCAAACCAAUAAAAUGAAUGUUGAAUCUUUUGACCUCC